AUGACUGAGACGUUUAGAGACCUAUAUGGAAUUGACUGGGAUACAGAAAAUACGCUCAGCAGCCGUGACAUUAAUUGCGCUCACCCCUCGCUAAAGGACCUCAGCGCGUCUGCUGCGGCUGCGGCCACCGCUGCAUACAUCCAGUCAUGGCUGUACUUUGGCCUCCUCGAAGCCAUCUGUGGCAGAGCAAUAUCCGUUUCCUACCUGACCAGACCAGAUACUGACGGCCAGGCGUGGAUGUACAGUCGGCACCUGGGGUUAUUGCUUGCGACGUGGAGGAAGGAACUGGAUGCAAUCGAGCAUGAAGCCCGGGAAGCCACUCUUCACGAAGCACGCGAUUGUGCCACCUUGGCAAGCACCAUUCUGCACGAAAUUCUCAGGGAAUCCACCAAAUCUGAUUUCUCGGAGCUUCGAACCUCCCUUCUGAGUGUCGAGCCUUGCCUUUCUGCUCUGCACGAGGCGAUCGUUGCCUUCGUGGAGAGAGAGUUGCGCAUGGAAGUCAGGUCAUUUGGGAGUUUCGAAGCAGGCCCGUUCGAGGUCUCGCGGCCAUACUCAGAAAGCCUCGUCGCGAAAGGGUGGUGUCGAUUUGUCGUCGCUAGCGCUGAGGUCGCAAUGUCACCGUCCCUUCUACGUUCCGUAGCCGCAGCUGAUUUUCAAGAGAGCACGAAAGGACAUGAACACUGUACAGCAGAACAAUGCAGAAGAAACCAUGUCGAGCUGUCGACAUAUAAACCUUUGCACACUGCGCCGAACUGCCAGUGUGCCUUUCUCAAGCCGUCAAUUAAAUCCGUCCGGGCCAUAUUGAACGUGAGAAAAAUCCCCGUUGUGCAGCUCAGCCAGAACGGUCGCAACCUCGAGUUGGGGGCUGUUGAUCUUUAUGACCCAAGCGCCGACUAUAUCGCCUUCUCUCACGUAUGGGCCGAUGGCCUGGGCAGCAGUACUGAAGCCGGGCUUCCUCGUUGCCAGAUCUUGCGGUUGGACCACUUGGCUGGUCUGCGUCUGAGCUUUGGUAGAUGGUUCUGGAUUGACGGUCUCCUCGUUCCAUCUCAGGAACCAUACCGUGGAAAGGCGAUUGAAAUGAUGAAAGAGACAUAUCAGAAUGCUACUGGAGUCAUAGUUCUGGACAGUAGCCUCCGCUCCCUCUCCGUAUCAGCAUCGACGCUUGAACUUGGCUGGGCAGUCUUUGCCUCUGGGUGGUUCGGUCGACUCUGGACGUACGAAGAGGGAUUUCUUCCACCGUGGGUCGACAUGGAGCUACAGGACGGACUGCUGGAUCUGUACGUCCUGAUCCAACGACUUUACAAAUCCUACUUCGACCGCUCGGGGAGUCCAUUCCCCAACGUCUUCCUCCGCGAUCUUCUGGCUGUCCUCCAAAAGGCGCGGCCUCUGGAUCGCACGGCGCGAGCACGAUUCGAUUCCCGGCCAAAGGUCAGGCGAAUCGUGGAUAUCUUCAAUGCAUUCACCAGGAGAAGGACCAGUCGUGCUGACGAUCAGCUUCUCAUCAUGGGUCUGCUGCUCGACGUUGAUGUCCGUGGACUUAUGAAAAAAGAAGGAGCCGACAGAUGGACUCACUUCUAUCUCGGUCUCGGCGAGAUUCCCUGGACGGUCGUAUUCGAUCGUCGGCCGAAAAUAGAGAAAUACCCGUUCCGAUGGGCUCCUGCUAGUUGGAUCAGUCCUGGACGAGAUGUAUGGCUCCAUUACGACGACGCACUAGGCACGAUCUCUGAUCGAGGCCUGAAAGUCAGGCUCAGUGUCUUGUCUCUAGAGCAAGCUCGUUGCACCGACAUGUCUGCUCUUUUCCUGGAAGUGGACGAACUCCGAUAUGAGCUGAGUCGAUCGAGCCCCAGUCCAUCUUCAACAUUGGACAAGUUCAACAUCGUGUUUGUGCGCUACUUCGCGCACGAAUCGCCGCAGGAGAGCCUGAGGAAGAACAACAGCUUGUUGCUGGAGGUUGGGCUGGGAUUAUUGUCACAAGAGUCCGACGACCAUCCGCUGCAGUACGAUUUUUCUCCUGGUUGGGACAUUCACCUUAUGACGGAACAAAGAGACGACAAUACGGCGCCUGUCGAGACCGUCCAAGCAGAAUGGAUGGAGAGAGAUUUCUGCUUUACAUAG